AUGAUAGCCAUGAUACAAUGGCAAGUCAACAAGCAGUUCAAGAAGGACCGAGAGGCUUCUAUGGCUAGGAUUCCAAACCUAGAUGUUGUAGUCCAACAAGUAGACCUCCCUUACGGUCCUCCACCAGGAUUGGCAUGGCCAUAUCAAGAGAACCCUCUCGUCGCACAGAUAGCUGGAAUACCGGGGUAUGGACAGUGGCGAACCCAGACUUUCGUUGAUCUGGGGGCUUAA